AUGCUCGAUAUCCUGCGGCCAGCCGUCAGCAAGGCGAAGACCGCUCCAGCCCCGGCUCCUCGAGCCGUCUCACCCUCCGCAUCCCCGGCUUCGUCCACUUCCACCCUAAAAGCUUCUUCUGCGUAUCAGGCCAGAUCCGAUCAUGCCAGAUCGAGCAGCAAAGCCCCUGCUGGAUCGGCUCGCUCAAAAGGCCAACAAGCGCGGCGUCUGAGCAUCGAAAGCGCCGUCUCUUCCUCUCACCGACAUAGAUCCAAUAUCCAGAAAGAUCGAAGCGACCAGCUUUUUCAACCCAACAUUGUCUCCUCCUCUUCCUCUUCACGCUCGUCACCUCGCCUGGCUCCCUUACGCCGCUCCGCUUUUGCUUCGGACCUGGAUGCGACACACGUAGUCAAAGGCAGGUCCAAGCAUGGACAUUACAGCAGCGCGAAUAUCACCACAUCUUCCGUCGAUCCUUAUCGAGACGAGUCGAGUCCAAAACGCAAGCGCUCUAAUGCUCAGAGCCCCCUCCUCGGUGGACUGUACUUUUCCGACCUCAUCGUCGUCGCCUUCUUUUAUGCCGUCAAUCUUUUGCGCACAUGCGGCAUCGCCGAAUUGGUCGAUGUCGCGUUUAAGGCGUUCGCAUAUAUCUGCACACGGUUGCCCUUUGACUUCUACCAACGAUGGUCGCUCAGUCGUCCUUCGUCCAGCCAGUAUGGUUGGUAUCAGCCUCUCACCGCAUCUUCCGCGACCGCACACCACAAAUCACAUACGCGCCAGUCCAGGUCCCUGGCAACUCGGCUGGAGCCCGCAUCAGCUUACACCUCGGCCACCGCCGUCUCGGCAAUCGCUUCCUCCUCUGACGAAGAGACUACGUCGCACGACGCAUUCGAAGAAGAUGCUCAGCUAUCACCAUUCCACCACCUGACGCUGCUCCUCGUCAGGUUCGCUUGCACUAGCUUCCCACAUCUCGUUCCGCGUGUCCUUUUCGCCGAAGAGACCAUCGGCCCCCUCGUUCGAUGGAGGACCGGCGGAGGGGCAGCCGGCAUUGUAAGGGAAUUCACAAGCGACUCGCGUUCGCCAGAAUCUUCUUCCGCAACCGCUGCACUGCCUCGUGCCGCGAUCAAGAACGAUCCGCUGCGCAAGGCCGCUGGUACGGCUAGCACCGCGGCUUCUUCCGACAGGUCCAAGUCUAAGCCAAAAUCAUCUCAAAUGUAUACCCGGCCGGGCUUUCGUGCCUUUUGGAUUGGUGCGGACGCACACGUCCCCGUCGAAGUUCGACGUUCCGAUCCCUCUUCCCAAUCAGCUUCCACGUUGCUCUACCUGCACGGCGGUGGCUUCUCGCUCGGCUCGGUUGCGUUCUACGCCGAGGCGCUCAUUCGUAUCGUGACCAAGGUCUGCGCUAUGGAGGAUCGCGAUAAUGACGCCCGCUGUGUGGCUGUCGAGUACGACCUCGGUCCCACCUCGCGUUUCCCGGGUCCCCUGCUGCAGUGCCUCAGAUGCUACGCCCAUCUCGUCGAAGUGGAAGGCAUCGAUCCCGCGUGCAUCACCAUUGCUGGUGACAGCGCCGGUGGCAACCUCACCAUGGCCAUGCUUCUUUGCCUGGAUGGGCAGGCUCGCGGCGAUGCCAGACUCGCCGAGAGGGAGUGGAGUUCGCUCCCAAUGCCCGGAAAGGCCAUCUUGAUCAGCCCGUGGGCGGACCUGCGUCCCUCGAGCUCGUUGGCCUUUGCUCCUCUGCGACAAGCUGCCGCCGCUACUCCUCCAUCAGCAGCCGCGUCCUCGAAAAAGCCAUCCUCAAAGAUGGACGGCGAUUCCCACGCGCGGUCGGACCAUCCCCGCGAAUCCAACGCUGUUGGCGUAUCCGCGUGGACCGAAGCAAUUGGACAGCAUGAAUGGGACUAUGUCGCUGCCGAAGCGCUCAUGCAUUUCGCACAGCUAUACGCUGGCGUUCUCAAGACCCCACGCAGGGUCAGGGGUCCAAUGGGAUGGGUCGCUAAUAUAUGUGCAGUGCUUGCUGGCGACGACCAGGAUGCUGACAGUCCUCGUAUCGAUAGGGAGGCAAAUCCCACUGCCACCGCGCCGCUGGCAAUCCUACGCACACUUCUGUCGCCUCCGCAACGAGUCGCUCGAGCCGCGCACAGCAUGCUGACAGAGCCUCUGCUGAACCGAGCCAACACCGCCGCGGCCACCUUCUCACCCAGGACUCGGUCGACAACAGACGCCUUCAACCAAGUCCGUCACAUUCGUUCAACGACGGCCGGCCCGCUUGAACCCAUCUUUCCUCCCGAGGAACGCGAAACCGAUGCCGUGGCAAGCACCGCUGACCUCUACAUCCCCAUCUGGAACGAUCAGCUUGACGAUGUUAAGCGUGAAAAAGCCAAACGAGGCUCGGGCGAUCCGGACUUUGAGCAAGCGAAGGCUCUUUUGGAGAAUAGCAAGCUGGUCAAUCCUGCCAUUGGUGAUUGGAGCCGCAUCAAGCUAAAGCACGGCAUGUUGGUGCUCUGGGGAGAUCGCGAGCGGCUCGCAGACGACAUCGAAAUCUGGAUCGACCGCAUCAGGCAAUCGCAGUCCACCCGAAGUCAGCUGCAUGUCCCAGAAGACGACAAGCCGGGCCAAGAUUUCGACUCGUCCUCUCGCUUCUCAGCAACUCCGAAUCCUCAGAUGCACACUAGCGGCCAGACUUUGCAGGAGAGGCGCGCAGCAUCGCGAUCUCCGCACAGACUGCCACCAGAAGAGGACGAGCGAGGCGUCGACUGGUUGUGUACUGCCGUCGAGCACGGACCGGGCGGCGUGCACGCUUGGCCGUUCGUCUCAAUGUACCUCGCUGGAUCUGAAGCCGAGCGCGAGAAAGGGCUCGAGAUCAUUGCCCGCUUCAUCGCAGAGCCUGCACCCAGUCCAGCAUCGUCGCUUCCGCCCACGCCGACGUCGCCUGUUGCAUCGUUGGCCGUGCAACUGCCCGACAAUCACCAACAUCGUUACCUCUCUACCGCCGCCAAUUCUCCUCCGCAUCUCAACGCCGUCUCCCCCGCUGGAUCCAUGCCGAGCGACAUCUCGCGUGGCGAUGAGGACGAGAACGAUUAUCCUUUCCCCGGUUCUAGCUACACCGACUCCGAAGGCUGGGAUCCCAGCGACCAGAACGAGCUUGGUCUUGAAGGUGUCUACCCUCACGAGACAAUGUGGACUCAGCCGACGCCGACUCCAUCGACGGGUAUGGGAACGCCGCUCGACAGUGACGUGGAGCACGAGGGCCUUGGUCCCGACGAACUCGUGCACCGCAUUGGCCUCGGGCUGGGCGGUCACGAUGCUGCACAGCGUACCGAACACGCCGCCACGAUGAUGGAGCCCGUGCAUUUGCAUCGUCCGGCCCAAGCCGUCGGAUCGACUUGGAUUCAGCCCAGUCGAUCUGAAGAACGGGCGGCAUCGACACAGUCGCAUGGCCGUGCAUCAUCAGCAGCGACUGCGCGACACGCUUCUGCGCAGCGCCUAGGUGGUUCCGUUGGCGGUCGUUCGCUGGCUGAGCUGGAAGCCGAAUCGGAUAUGAGCGCUCCCCCCUCUCGACCAGACUCACCUGGCUCAGCGGUGCGGGAAGAGGAAGGCAGCUACGACUCGCACGACGAUGACGACGACGACGACGAUCUCGAUGCGCCUUCACCACAGGAACUGGAUCGCGACGCUUUCUUCGGCGCUCCUGUAGCGUAUGCCGAUGACGCCAUUCCUAUGGACCCGGGCUUUUAUGGAUUGGCUCACUACCACACGCUCCGACCGGAGGGCCUCUCGGACAUUGCUGAAGAGGAGUCUCAAUUCGACACGUCCUCGGUGCUGAGCAGCGGCGGCAACGGCGGUAGCGAGGCCUUGUCUCCUGGAUCCAGCGGCGUCACCUUCUCACCCGAAGAUGGAAGAUCGCCCAAUGUGGGAGCAACGAGAGUGGCCUCGUCGAAUGCGGCAAGAUAUGCAGCCGGCUAUACACCCUCAGCGGCCGAGAUGGCCAGGCUGAGAGAGGCACUCGACGAGCGUGAGCGUCAGUACCAGCAACACUUCGCACGCAGCGCUGGGCGGUUCCCCAUAGAAGAUGAAGACGAAUCGCUGGGAAACGAUGACGGAUUGGAUGGUGAUGUUGACUGGCUCGACAUGGACCACGGUCAGCAGCAGCAGCAGCAGGGACAGAGCCCUUGGAUGUCGUCCGCUGAACUUCCGAAUAUCGGUUCCACCAACGGGCCUAGCGUCACAGUUGGGGCUGACGCACGUACACUGGUCUCGAAGCCAGCGGGAGGGUCCGAACCACGACUGCCUCCUCGCCCAAGGAGACCCAAUGAUCUGGAGGAUGCUGAUGCUCCCGAUGUCUGGUGGUAG